ACAGGUUCUGAUUUCAUGUGGUUCUCUGUCUCGUAUGUUGUAGCUGGCUUGGUCCAUUCACUGCCUUUUUCUUUCCAUUCCCAGUAUGUGGAAAACAACAAAAACGCUGACAACGACUGGUUCAGGCUGGAGUCCAACAAGGAAGGGACAAGGUGGUUCGGGAAGUGCUGGUACAUCCACGACCUGCUCAAGUAUGAGUUUGCCCUCGAGUUCGAUAUUCCCGUCACGUACCCGUCCACGGCCCCCGAAAUCGCCAUUCCAGAGCUGGAUGGGAAAACAGCCAAGAUGUACAGGGGAGGGAAGAUCUGCCUGACUGACCACUUCAAGCCCCUGUGGGCCAGGAACGUGCCCAAGUUCGGGCUGGCCCAUCUCAUGGCUCUGGGGCUGGGCCCAUGGCUGGCAGUGGAGAUCCCGGACCUGAUCACCAAGGGGCUCAUCGACCACAAGGAGAAGUGAGAGAUCUGGGCUCCAAAUGCUCCGGCACUCAGACGUCAUCCUUCCACGCAGACCCAGGCAGCCAGCUGGCCCCACGGCCCUGCCCUCAGUGCAGGCACUGCACCCACUGUGCUGGGCCGCUUGUGUUCCAUGUAAGCCCUGCCCACUUCCUGUCAGGGGAGCUGCCUGGUCUCCCCCUCCCAAGCCCCC